UGCAAUAUGAAGACUUUCCUGAUUUUGGCAAUCUUUGCUCUGGCCGUUUCGGCUUAUGCUCUGGAGGAAUCCGAGCGCGUCAAUGGCGAGAACGGCUGGUUCGUUCCCCAGGUGGACGGCUCCCUCGAGUGGGUGGAUAUGGAUGUGGCUGAGGAGUGGAUGGAGGCCCAGGAGAAGCUUGAGGGUCGUGGCUUGACCACCGUUCCCGUGAACUUCUACCUGUUCACCCCUUCCAACCCCUCUAGCAGCAAGCACAUCUAUGCGACCAAGAAGUCCAUUAGUGCCUCCAACUUCAACCCCGCACACCCGACCCGCAUUGUGAUCCACGGCUGGACCCAGAGCUACUUGAACAGCAUGAACUCGGACAUCCGCAAGGCCUGGCUCUCGAGGGGAGACUACAACGUGAUCAUCGUGGACUGGGCCCGUGCCCGUUCCGUGGACUAUGCCACCUCCGUCAUGGCUGUCGCUGCCACCGGAAAGAAGGUCGCCGCCAUGAUCAACUUCCUGCAGUCCGACUUUGGAAUGUCCCUGGAUAGCCUGUACGUGAUCGGUCACAGCCUGGGCGCUCAUGUGGCUGGAUAUGCCGGCAAGAACACCAAUGGUCAGGUGCACACCAUCGUCGGUCUGGACCCCGCCCUGCCCCUCUUCAGCUACAACAAGCCCAACAAGCGUCUCAACGCCGACGAUGCCUGGUAUGUGGAGUCCAUCCAGACCAACGGAGGUACCCUGGGAUUCCUGAAGCCCAUUGGCAAGGGAGCCUUCUACCCGAACGGCGGAAAGACCCAGCCCGGAUGCCCCUUGGACGUGACUGGUGCCUGCUCCCACGGACGCUCCUGCACCUACUACGCCGAGGCCGUGUCCGAGGACAACUUCGGAACCAUCAAAUGCGGGGACUACGAGGCUGCCGUUUCCAAGGAAUGCGGAAGCCAAUACAGCAGCGUUCGCAUGGGAGCUGACACCAACGCCUACAUGGUCGAUGGUGACUUCUAUGUGCCCGUCAACAGCAAGGCCCCCUUCGGCAUGAUUAUUUCGGCUCUUCCUCUGGAGGAAUCUGAGCGCAUUAAUGGCGAAAACGGCUGGUACCUUCCCCAAGAGGAUGGUUCCUUCGAAUGGGUGGACAUGGAUGUGGCUGAGAAGUGGAUGGAGGCACAGGAACAGCUGGAGAGCCGUGGCCUGACCACCGUUCCAGUGAAGUUCUACCUGUACACUUCCUCGAACCCCACCAAGGGCACUAAGAUCACCACCACCACCAAUUCCAUAGACGCCUCCAACUUUAACGCCGCCAACCCGACCCGCUUUGUGAUCCACGGCUGGACCCAGAGCUACACCGCCAGCAUGAACAAGGACAUCUGCAGUGCCUGGCUCUCCAGGGGAGACUACAACGUGAUCGUCGUGGACUGGUCCCGUGCCCGUUCCGUGGACUAUGCCACCUCAGUCAUGGCUGUCGGUGCCACCGGAAAGAAGGUUGCCGCCAUGAUCAACUUCCUGCAGUCCAACUACGGAAUGUCCCUGGAUAACCUGUACGUGAUCGGUCACAGCCUGGGCGCCCACGUGGCUGGAUAUGCCGGCAAGAACACCAAUGGUCAGGUGCACACCAUCGUCGGUCUGGACCCCGCCCUGCCCCUCUUCAGCUACAACAAGCCCAACAAGCGUCUCAACGCCAACGAUGCCUGGUAUGUGGAGUCCAUCCAGACCAACGGCGGUAGCCUGGGAUUCCUGAAGCCCAUCGGCAAGGGAGCCUUCUACCCGAACGGCGGACAAAGCCAGCCCGGCUGCGGAUGGGAUUUGACUGGUUCCUGCUCCCACGGUCGCUCCACCAUCUACUACGCCGAGGCCGUGUCCGUGGACAACUUCGGCAGCAUUAAGUGCGGAGAUUAUCAGGACGCCGUUUCCAAGGAAUGCGGAAGCACAUACAGCGGCGUUCGCAUGGGAGCUGACACCAACGCCUACAUGGUCGAUGGUGACUUCUAUGUGCCCGCAAUGAACAAGUGCCCUCUUCACCAAAAUUGUUUGAGACCCCCAAACAUGAAGGUGUUUUUUGUCCUAGCCGCUUUAUUGGCAGCAGUGAGCGCCCUGCCCAUUGAGGAGCGCGUAAAUGGCGAGAAUGGCUGGUUCAUUCCCAAGCUCGAUGGAAGCUUCGAGUGGAUGGAAAAGCACGAUGCCGAGGAGCUGUUGGCCAACGCAGCCCAGAUGGAGGGACGCGUUAGCACCAACGCUGUAAACUUCUAUUUGUACACCAAGUCGAACCCCACCGACGGCAAAGAGAUCAAGGCCAAGGCCAGUUCUAUCGACGAUUCCCACUUCAACAAGGAUCAUGGAACCCGCGUCAUUAUCCACGGCUGGACCCAAAGGUACUCUGACGACAUGAACACCCGCAUCACCAAAGCCUGGUUGUCCAAGGGCGACUACAACGUGAUCGUCGUGGACUGGGCCCGUGCCCGUUCCGUGGACUACGCCUCCUCAGUCCUGGCUGUUCCCGGAGCCGGCGGUAAGGUCGGUGAGAUGAUCAAGUACCUGCACGAGCACCACGGUCUGUCCUACGAUAGCCUGGAGGUGAUUGGACACAGUCUGGGAGCCCAUGUGGCCGGAUACGCUGGCAAGACCGUAGGAGACAAACAGGUUCACGCCAUUGUGGGCCUGGACCCCGCCCUGCCCCUCUUCAGCUACGACAAGCCCAACAAGCGUCUGUCCACCGAUGAUGCCCACUACGUAGAGUCCAUCCAGACCAACGGAGGCAAGCUGGGAUUCCUGAAGCCCAUUGGCAAGGGAGCCUUCUACCCGAACGGAGGAAAGACCCAGCCGGGCUGCGGAUUGGAUGCCACCGGAUCCUGCUCCCACGGACGCUCUGUGCUCUACUACGCCGAGGCCGUCACCGAGGACAACUUCGGAACCAUCAAGUGCGGAGACUACGAGGCCGCCGUUUCCAAGGAGUGCGGCAGCACCUACAGCAGUGUUCGCAUGGGAGCUGUGACCAACGCCUACAUGGUCGAUGGCGACUACUACGUGCCUGUGAACAGCGCCGCUCCUUUCGGCAAGAUUAACUAAUAGCUAAGGAAUAAACUUAUGGCAAAUGAGA